UUAUUGGUUUCGAUUCGAACCACAAGAAAUGUCAUCAGAAAAGAUUCCUGUGAUUUGUGGUCAAUGGUAUCAGCAUAUAUUGGAUCAUACUAAUGAAAAUAAGGAUAAAUAUGUCUAUACCGUAUUUUCUUAUUUAUCUCAAAUAUAUCCAAAGAUUGAAGGACAUUUGAACAUUUUGUUCGUAUUAGUAGGUAUAGCUAUUGAUAGAGUUAAGCAAUGUUCAGAAGAUAGAAUUCUUAAUGCGAUUCGUCAAAUUGACUUUCAACAAGAUAUCGUUCAAUCAUUUUUACGAAUGGUUAAAGAUAUUUUAAGAUUUAGUGUCAAAAAUACAGAUGACACUCUAAUUAAGAAAAUUAGACUGAUUUGUGAUUGCAAUUCUGAAGUUUUAAAUAUUCCUAAUUCGUUGAAAAUUUUACAUCCAUUAGCAGAAACUUCUGAUUCAAACAUAACUUCCACUACUUUAACUCUUCUUCGUUCUUUUAAAUUCUGGAAUUUUAUAUUACAAGCAACUGGAAAGGUCUCUGAUUUGAAUGCGCAUCCAUACAUUCGACAAAUUAAAAAUAUAAUAAAUGAAUUUAUUAAAAUUGUAAAAAGAAAUUCUAUUACGAUCCGAUCUUUACAACAGCUUCUCAAAUAUGAGGAUGAAACGUUAAUUCGAUUUUUUAAUUCAAAUAAU